CAGACACGCAACCAGUGCUCUCCUCAACCUCAUUCUCUCCUUUCAUUCUGUGGUGCUAUUAGGCUGAACCCAUGGAGGACUACCACAAACCAGACCAGCAGACCGUGCAGGCGCUGAGAAACAUUGCCAACCGCCUCAGAAUCAACUCUAUCAAAGCCACCACUGCAGUGGGCAACGGGCAUCCAACAUCAUGCUGCAGUGUGGCAGAGAUCAUGUCUGUGCUUUUCUUCCAUACUAUGAAGUACAGGCCAGAUGACCCCAAGAACCCCAACAAUGACCGCUUCAUCCUGUCCAAGGGUCAUGCGGCUCCGGUCCUCUACUCUAUGUGGGUGGAGAUCGGCUUCCUGAAAGAGUCUGAGCUCAUGAGCAUGUGUCAGGUCGACUCCACUCUGGAGGGACACCCCACACCUAAGCAGCAGUUUGUGGAUGUGGCCACAGGCUCUCUGGGACAGGGGCUGGGCGUAGCCUGUGGAAUGGCCUAUACGGCUAAAUACUUUGAUAAAUCCAGUUACCAUGUGUACUGUCUGCUGGGAGAUGGAGAAAUGUCUGAGGGGGCCGUAUGGGAGGCCAUGUCCUUCGCUUCCUACUACCAGCUGGACAAUCUGUUGGCCAUACUGGACAUCAACCGUCUGGGCCAGAGUGAUCCAGCACCACUGCAGCACCAUGUGGAGAAGUACCAGAGACGCUGUGAAGCCUUUGGGUGGCAUGCCAUCAUUGUGGAUGGCCACAGUGUGGAGGAGCUGUGUAAAGCCAUGAGCCAACCACGCCACCAGCCCACUGCCAUCAUUGCCAAGACCAUUAAGGGCAAAGGCAUUCCUGUGGCAGAAGAUAAGAUGGGAUGGCAUGGCAAGGUACUGUCAAAGGACAUGGCAGAGAGUGUCAUGAGAGACAUCCAGAGCCGCAUCCUUAACAGUAACAAGCGCAUGUACCCGGCUUCACCCAUUGAAGAUGCUCCACCCGUGAGCCUGCGCAAUGUCCGCAUGCCCAGCGCUCCCAAUUACAAACCUGGAGAGAAGAUUGCCACCUGUAAGGCAUAUGGGAUGGCCGUGGCCAAACUGGGACGUUACAAUGAGCGAGUGGUGGCUAUGGAUGUCGACACCAAAAAUUUCACCUACUCUGAAAUCUUUAAAAAUGAGCAUCCCAACCGCUUCAUUGAGUGCUACAGCGCAGAGCAGAACAUGGUCAGCGUUGCCACAGGCUGUGCCGCACGUGAGCGAAACAUUGUGUUCGCUAGCAGCCUAGCCACUUUCUUCACCCGCGCCUAUGACCAGCUCCGCAUGGCCGCCAUCUCAGACAGCAACAUAAACCUCUGCGGUUCCCACUGCGGCCUGUCCGUCGGAGAGGACGGACCGGCCCACAUGGGGCUGGAGGACAUGGCUAUUUUUAGAGCCAUCCCCACUGCCACCAUUUUCUACCCCAGUGAUGCCAUGUCCACUGAAAAGGCUGUGGAGCUUGCAGCCAACACAAAGGGUGUUUGCUACAUCAGGACCACUCGUCCAGAGACUGCGAUCAUUUACAACAGCAAUGAGGACUUCCAUGUUGGCCAAGCCAAGGUGGUGUGCCAGAGUAAGGAAGAUCAGGUUACAGUGAUCGGAGCUGGAUUGACCCUCCAUGAAGCUCUGGCUGCAGCUGAGUACCUCAAAAAAGAGAAGAUUUACGUCAGAGUGAUCGAUCCAUUUACAAUCAAACCCCUGGAUGCCAAAACCAUCAUCGACCAUGUGCGCGUCACCAGGGGUCGUGUCAUCACGGUUGAGGAUCACUAUUAUGAAGGUGGCCUGGGGGAGGCGGUGUGCUCCGCUAUUGUGAAUGAGCCUGGUUUCACUCUCCAGCGCCUGGCUGUCGCUCACAUUCCCCGCAGCGGCAAAAUGUCUGACCUGCUCAAAAUCUACGGCAUUGACCGCGACUCCAUCGCACAGAUGGUCAGGAAGAUGCUCAGCAGCUCGGCCAACGCCAAGUGAACCUGUUCGCUUUGCCCCGCCCACUCCAUCCAAAUCAAUCGAAUAACCAGCUCCACAAACAGUGUCACAUGACUCCUCCUCUUCAGAUUGUGGCCCCUCCCUCCACCUCGUUCACUGUGAAUGACCCUAUUGUGAGUAUAAUAGUAAUGUGAGAUACGUGGUGUACAUUUUGAAGUAACAUUCACAUUUCAUUUUUUGUUUUUCUUGCUAACUCAUCAAAAGUUUGGGGUAAGAUUUUUUUUUUUUUUUUUUUAAAGAAAUUAAUGCUUUUAUUCAGCAAUGAUGCAUUCAAUUGAUCAAAAGUGACAGUAAAUACAUUAUAAUGUUAUAAAAGUUUUCUAUUUCAAUUAAAUGUUCUUUUCAACUUUCUAUUCAUCAAAGGAUCCUGAAAGAAAUGUAGUGUUUCCACAAAAAUAUUAAGCAGCACAACUGUUUCACAUUGAUAAUAAUAAGAAAUGUUUCUUGAGCAGCAAAUCAGCAUAUUAGAAUGAUUUCUGAAGGAUCAUGUGACACUGAAGACUGGAGUAAUGAUGCUUUGAUAUUACAGGAAUAAAUUACAUUUUAAAAUAUAAUAAAGUAGAAGUUAUUUAAGAAGUUAUUUACUAUUUAUACUGUAUUUUUGAUCAAACAGAUGCAGCUUUGGUGAGCAUAAGAGAUUUCUUUCAAAAACAUUAAAAAUCUUACCAACUUCACACUUUUGAACGCUAGUUUACAUACAGAUAAACAUACAGGAGUCUUUUUCUAUCUCUGCUCCUGUACCAACAGUCACUGACAGUGUAAAAUCAACAUUUGCAAUCAUUUUUACUCACAUAAUGUGAUGUAUUUCAAGCAACACAGGUUUUUAAAUGAGAAAAAUAUUUAAGUAGGGAAUUUGAUCUUGUCCAUCUGGAAUUAACUGGAUUAUGAAAGGACUUGACAGACAAACAUUUUUGUGUUGAUUUGAAACUCAAAGGUUAGCGAUGCUAAGACGUAUUUUACACCAUCACCUCAGAAAACCUCAAUAUGCUGUAUAAUGUGACACUCGUGUUUUUAACUGUCAUUUGAUAAGACCCAACAAUAAAACUGUUUGCAUAUUUUAAUACUUUUAUAUUGUUAUGGUGUAGCUAUGACAACGGGGCGGGGCUGGAUUUCACGGGAACAGAUUUGUGUGUGAAAAAUGAUUUGAUGUUACAUUAGUAGAGUGUAGUCUAAAGAAAAAGACAAUCAAAUGAGAAUGUCAGUAGGGUGCUUUGAUUCAAAGUGUUCAGUUAAUGGUUGUCUUCUGUGAAACCGUUUGUAGUUUGGUCUCUAUGUUUACAAAGAUGGAGUAGCAUUUUUGUGGUGUUAUGAGCAUGAAACUUGAGAAGAUGAGAGAUGGAUGGAACCAUCAGCGUCCGGAACGUGCUGUUAUAUCUGAACUUUGAACCUACAACAAACACUUCCUCUGUUAUUUUUCUAUGUAUCUCAACAAGUCAUUGAUUAAAGCCCUCUACAUUUGAGUUUGAGAGUUAA